CCCUCCGGCUUUGCAGCCUCAGAACAAUCUAGAACCACCCGCCUCUUCUCUAUAUAAACCCGUUCUCUCCUCAAACCCUAGAUCCCCCCGAAUCCCAUAGUGUCUCUCGGUUGUGUCGAGCCCUAGCCCCAUCCCUCUUUUCUCCUCCAAGCCAAAUCUCUUCUCUCUUCGACCAUGGCGGCCGAGGCGGAGACCUUCGCCUUCCAGGCGGAGAUUAACCAGCUCCUCAGCCUGAUCAUCAACACCUUCUACUCCAACAAGGAGAUCUUCCUUCGCGAGCUUAUCAGCAACGCCUCCGAUGCGCUGGACAAGAUCCGGUUUGAGAGCCUCACGGACAAGAGCAAGCUCGACGCCCAGCCGGAGCUCUUCAUCCAUAUCGUCCCCGACAAGGGCUCCAACACCCUCUCCAUCAUUGACAGCGGUAUUGGUAUGACCAAGUCCGAUCUGGUCAACAAUCUUGGUACUAUUGCUAGGUCCGGCACCAAGGAGUUUAUGGAGGCGCUCGCGGCCGGGGCCGAUGUAAGCAUGAUUGGCCAGUUUGGAGUGGGGUUCUACUCUGCCUAUCUUGUAGCUGAGAAGGUGGUGGUGACCACAAAGCACAAUGAUGAUGAGCAGUACGUGUGGGAGUCCCAGGCCGGUGGGUCGUUCACUGUUACGAGGGAUACCUCUGGGGAAAACCUCGGACGGGGCACCAAGAUCACUCUUUUCCUCAAGGAGGAUCAGUUGGAGUACCUUGAGGAGCGCCGCCUCAAAGAUCUGAUCAAGAAGCAUUCUGAGUUUAUCAGCUAUCCUAUCUCCCUGUGGACUGAGAAGACCACCGAGAAGGAAAUUUCUGAUGACGAGGAUGAGGAGGAGAAGAAAGAUGCUGAAGAAGGGAAGGUUGAAGAUGUCGAUGAAGAGAAAGAAGAGAAGGAGAAGGAGAAGAAGAAGAAGAAGAUCAAGGAGGUGUCGCAUGAGUGGUCUUUGGUCAACAAGCAGAAGCCAAUCUGGAUGAGAAAGCCUGAAGAGAUCACCAAGGAAGAGUAUGCUGCUUUCUACAAGAGUCUAACAAAUGACUGGGAGGAACACUUGGCUGUUAAGCAUUUCUCUGUGGAGGGCCAGCUGGAGUUCAAGGCGGUGCUUUUUGUGCCUAAGAGAGCUCCUUUUGACCUCUUUGAUACCAGGAAAAAGCUCAACAACAUCAAGCUUUAUGUUCGUCGUGUCUUCAUCAUGGACAACUGUGAGGAACUAAUUCCGGAGUACUUGAGCUUUAUCAAGGGGAUUGUUGACUCUGAGGACCUUCCCCUCAACAUCUCUAGAGAGAUGCUUCAGCAGAACAAGAUCCUCAAAGUCAUCCGCAAGAACCUGGUCAAGAAGUGCAUUGAGCUCUUCUUCGAGAUUGCUGAGAACAAGGAGGACUACAACAAGUUCUAUGAAGCAUUCUCGAAGAAUCUCAAGCUAGGCAUACAUGAGGACUCUGCGAACAGGACCAAGUUGGCUGAAUUGCUUAGGUACCACUCAACCAAGAGUGGGGAUGAGAUGACAAGCCUCAAGGACUAUGUUACAAGGAUGAAGGAGGGUCAGAACGACAUUUACUACAUCACGGGUGAGAGUAAAAAGGCUGUUGAGAACUCCCCAUUCCUGGAGAGGCUGAAGAAGAAGGGCUACGAGGUUCUUUACAUGGUUGAUGCAAUUGAUGAGUAUGCUGUGGGUCAGUUAAAGGAGUUUGAGGGGAAGAAGUUGCUUUCUGCAACAAAGGAGGGAUUGAAGCUUGAUGAGAGUGAGGAUGAAAAGAAGAAGAAGGAAGCCCUCAAGGAGAAAUUUGAGGGGUUGUGCAAAGUCAUCAAGGAAGUGUUGGGUGACAAGGUAGAGAAGGUUGUGGUGUCUGAUCGAGUGGUAGACUCUCCCUGCUGUCUGGUCACUGGUGAAUAUGGUUGGACUGCCAACAUGGAGAGGAUCAUGAAGGCACAAGCCCUGAGGGAUUCGAGCAUGGCCGGCUACAUGUCCAGCAAGAAGACAAUGGAGAUCAACCCAGAGAACCCCAUCAUGGAGGAGUUGAGGAAGCGGGCAGAGGCAGACAAGAAUGACAAAUCGGUCAAGGACCUCGUGCUGCUGCUAUUUGAGACAGCCCUUCUCACCUCUGGCUUCAGCCUUGAUGAUCCCAACACCUUUGGUAACAGGAUCCACCGCAUGCUGAAGUUGGGUCUCAGCAUUGACGAGGAUGAGAUUGUUGAUGCAGAUGCUGACAUGCCUUCACUGGAGGAUGCUGAUGCAGAGGGCAGCAAGAUGGAGGAGGUCGACUAAACCAUUUUUACCAUUCGUUCUCCGGUAUUUCCUAUCGGGUUUAAGAACUCAGUCAGCUCAUCUAGAAUAUGAUAAUUUUGUGGCAUGUUUAGCCUUAUCUUACUGUGUUUGGCUGCCUUAUUUGUUAGCUAGUGCUGGAGGCUUUUAUUUUAUUUUUGCAUACAUAGACGUUUGUGAUGUAGUGCUGUUCCGGAAUUCCAAAUAAUAUUAGCAUAGCUGUUUUCUACUCUGUUAA